AUGGACUCUGGUGAGGCCGAGACGGAGCAGCCGCAAUCACAGCUGCACCCGCCUCAUCCCAGCCUUCAUCCCAGCCUUCAUCCCAGCCCUCAUCCCAGCUUCGACGACCCUCAGCACGAGACGAUACAAUCCACACAAUCUACCGACGAAGACUCUCAGACGCCCCUCGGCCAGUCGCACGCGUCGGCUUGCCAUGACGAGUCGCCCCAAGACGACCCAACACCUAUCAAUGGCGCGCCUGCGAGGCCCAGUUCAAAGCCAACAUCUGCCCACGAACUCCACUCUUACAUGCCCGCCGACGCUCAGCACGGCCGGACCCCCAGCACCAUCUCCUCGUGGAGCACCAACUCGGAUCGCCAACUCGGUCAUGGUGGCAGCACCAGCAGUGACGCAGAGCCUUGCGAUAGGGUAUUUCCCAUUCGCUCUGUUGUUAGCGUCGACGAGUCGCAACCCACGCCUUGGGUGUUGGCGCGCAAUUCCGCCGAUUUCGAGUACUUCCCACGCCAAGAUACGACCUGGAAUGGCCGCCGCCCCAGCAAUCCCCGUGUGGUAACCGACUCGUCCGCCGGGGUACGACGGGUCGAGACACUACCUCCAUCGUCUGCAGGCGUGGGAUCGCCUACCGACAGGGUUGUCUCUAGCCGGUCAAAGAGACACCACACUGUCUCCGAGUCCAGGAUCGGGAGUCCGUUGCCAGACGGCGAGCGGCUUGCCUCCGCCGGACCUCCACCGAUGUUCAACGACACAGCCUCGGACGCCUCGGACCGGACGGGGCCGAGCAGGCAUCUGGCUGAUGGCGAUAGUGAGGCUGGUGUCUCCACUGGGCGUGCCACUCCCGCUGAUCUUAACGAGGACUUGGUCACCGUGCGCUUUCAGCACGUCCUGACUGAGGAUGGCCACGCCGUCAUCACCGGCCGGGACAGCACUAUGCAGCGAUGUGAGGAUGAACCAAUCCACACCCCGGGCGCUGUGCAAGCCUUCGGUCUCCUCGUCGUGCUCAGGGAGGACCAUGGUGGCCGCUUUUCUGUACGGACGGUGAGCGAAAACUCGGGACGAAUCAUCGGCUUUUCACCUCAACAACUCUUCAAGUUGAACAGCUUUACGGAAAUCUUCAGCGAAGAACAGGCGGAAAAUUUGCUUGAUCAUAUCGACUUCAUCCGUGAUGACGAGGCAGACCCCGUCUCUAAUGGGCCGGAUGUCUUCAGUAUAUCCGUGCGCCCGCCAAAGCAAAGAACCAUCAAGCUGUGGUGUGCCAUGCAUAUCAACGACAGCCAUCCUGACCUCAUUCUUUGCGAGUUCGAACUCGAAGAUGAUGCCCAGCACCCCCUGCGCCCGCCCGACGAAAAUUCAUCAGACGAGCCCGAAGACACGCUCUACCAACAGCCCACCGCAGAAGAGCUCCAUGAGAGUACAGAGGUUGGCAGCAGGCCCCUUAGGGUGCUCAGGAGCGCGCGCAAGAGGCGUGGAGAGGCCGGGGCCAUGCAGGUCUUCGAUGUCAUGUCUCAGGUCCAGGAACAGCUCGCAAAUGCCCCCAACCUCGAAAAGUUCCUCAAGAUCUUGGUCGGCAUUGUCAAGGAGCUCACAGGCUUCCACCGAGUCAUGGUCUACCAGUUCGAUUCGGCCUUCAACGGGAAAGUCGUAACUGAACUAGUCGAUCCCGCCGCGACACGAGAUCUAUACCACGGCCUACACUUUCCUGCAUCUGAUAUUCCGAAGCAAGCCCGCGAGCUGUACAAGCUUAACAAGGUAAGGCUCCUGUACGACCGGGAUCUCGAGUCGGCAAGGUUGGUGUGCCGUACCCUUGAAGACCUCGAGACACCACUCGAUCUGAGCCACGCUUACCUCCGAGCCAUGUCUCCUAUCCACCUCAAGUACCUUGCGAAUAUGGCUGUUCGGUCCUCCAUGUCCAUAUCAAUCAACGCCUUCGGUGAGCUAUGGGGACUCAUCACGUGCCACGGCUACGGCAGAAGAGGCAUGCGCGUGCCCUUUCCCAUCAGAAAGAUGUGUCGACUGGUGGGGGAUACAGCAUCGCGAAACAUCGAGCGACUCUCCUACGCCUCCCGCCUGCAGGCGAGAAAGCUCAUCAACACGAUGCCGACAGACAAGAAUCCUUCGGGCUACAUCAUCGCCUCGUCCGACGAUCUUCUGACGCUCUUUGACGCCGACUUCGGCAUGCUCUCUAUUCGAGGCGAGACCAAGAUUCUGGGGAAGAUAGAGCAGUCCCAAGAAGCACUUGCCAUGCUCGAAUAUCUGCGCCUGAGAAGCUACACUUCGGUGCUGACCACGCAAGACCUUCGGCAGGAUUUCCCGGACCUCCGCUACCCUCCAGGUUUCGCUGUCAUUGCGGGCCUACUGUACGUGCCCCUCAGCGUGGGUGGCAACGAUUUCAUAGUCUUCUUUCGCAAGGGUCAAAUCAGAGAGGUAAAAUGGGCGGGCAACCCCUACGACAAGGUCAUAAAAGAAGGCACGGCACAAUACCUUGAGCCACGGUCGAGCUUCAAGGUCUGGCACGAGACCGUCGUUGGCAAAUGUAGAGAAUGGACUGAGGAGCAGGUCGAGACUGCUGCUGUCCUCUGUCUAGUCUACGGCAAAUUCAUCGAGGUCUGGCGACAAAAGGAAGCCGCCCUGCAGAAUAGCCGACUGACCCGACUACUGUUGGCCAAUUCUGCGCAUGAGGUGCGCACGCCCCUCAAUGCCAUCAUCAACUACUUGGAGAUUGCCUUGGAAGGGUCGCUUGAUCACGAGACGCGAGAAAAUCUGGCGAGGUCCCACUCGGCUUCCAAGUCUCUCAUAUAUGUCAUCAACGACCUACUGGACCUCACCAAGACCGAAGAGGGACAAAACCUGAUUAAAGACGAGAUUUUGGAUCUGCCAGCGUGUAUCCGUGAGGCGACGGAGGCAUUCCAGGUGGAUGCUAAACGGAAAGGCAUAGCGUACGAUGUUAUCGAGCACCCGGGCCUUCCCCAAUACGUCCAUGGUGAUUUCCGCCGAGUGAGGCAAGCGGUCUCCAAUCUGACCGCCAACGCGAUGCAACAUACGACGGCAGGAUCCAUCAAGGUGGAGGCCUAUGUCAUCGAAGUGCUCGAAUCCCGCGUGCGGGUCGAGAUCGCAGUGCACGACACGGGCCGUGGCAUGAGCAAUGAGAAAUUGGACAACCUCUUUCAGGACCUGGAGCAGGUCAGCAGUGCCGAUCUCGGCGAUCCUACGGCUCUUGACGAAGAGGUCGAGAAGCCGGGAAACGAGCGCACCCUGGGCCUCGGGCUUGCCGUGGUUGCGAGAAUAGUGCGAAAUAUGGACGGCCAAUUGCGGCUGAAAUCCCAAGAAGGGAAGGGGUCGAGGUUUGUCAUACAGCUUCCGUUCGAAAUACCAUCGGGAAAGUCGCUGGAAAAGCUAGCCGCGAGCGACGACUCGGUCGAUUCCAAGGCGACGUCGACGCUUGCUUCGGUCACCAAAGCUCCGCCGCCCGCGGAAGAAGGCGAGGUCCUGCUGGUCGAUCGGGGUAGCGCCAACGCUGUCGGCCGUCAGCUCAGCGAGAAGAGAAGCUUCGACGAGACAACAAGUAUGAGCAGUGCGAUGACCGGUGCCAGCGUUGGUGUUCGGAGCAACAUGAGCGAUGCAGAGCGUCUGAUCGACGCCAUUCAGACUCCGCUAUCUCUGGGAGACCCAGACGAGGAAUCUCUCGACAUCGAGCGCCGGAACUCCGGUGUAGGACAUCAUCGUCGAAUGAAUACUAGCACCACAUCGCUACCUGGACCCGAUGCGAUACAGCCCCCACCUGCCAUCCACACGAGUGACCCAGAGCGGCCUCUGCACUUGCGACGGUCGACUACGAUUCCAGCCAAGCCUCGAGGUGACGCCGACUCGCCUGGGCAGCUGUAUGUCAAGGACACCAAGACGCCCAUCAUGCCUGUCAAGGUGCCCGAUGAAUACUUGGAGCAGCCAACGGCACCCCAGACAGGUACGUCGUCCCGAGUCCUGUUCGAGAUUCCCGACAAGUCCAGCCCUGGCAGCGCAACGACAGGCAAGCAUGAGCCGUCAUCUGCCACGGACUCGGGCAAGUUGCGGGUUCUCGUGGCCGAGGAUGAUCCGAUUAACAUGAAGAUACUGAAGAAGCGGCUGGAGAAGGCCGGGCACGCCGUCACGCACGCUACCAACGGCGAGGUCUGUGCCAUCGUCUACAAAGAGAAGCCGGCCGCUUUCGACAUCAUCCUCAUGGACAUGCAGAUGCCGAUCGUCGAUGGUCUCUCUAGCACCAAGAUGAUCAGGGCGUUCGAACGGUCGGACGAGUGCUCGGCAUUCUCUUCCUUGGCCAGCAGCCACGGGGGAGUCCCGAUCUUUGCCGUGUCGGCGUCCCUUGUGGAGAAGGAGAAGCCAAUCUAUGUCGAAGCCGGGUUUGAUGGCUGGAUUCUGAAGCCGAUCGAUUUCAAGCGCCUCAACGUCCUGUUGGAGGGGAUUACCAAAGACGAUGUUCGCGAGCAAUGUCUCUACGAGACAGGAGAAUGGGAACGAGGUGGUUGGUUCACGCGCAGGUCACCUUCCAAGUCGUUCAAGACUAUACACAAAGAUUGA